GUCAGCAGGGUUCAUCGACGUCGACCAUUUGUCAUCACCAGCCUCCACUACACAUGGAUUCCUCGCCGACAGUUAUCCGCUUACCUUUCUCUGACGUUGAUCCACCGCACACUUUCCUUCAAUUGCGAUUCCCAGCUCAUUUAAUGGCGCCUUGAAUUCCAGUCGAAAAAUUCAUACAACUAGUUCGAUCGCAGCAUUCGCUACGCCACAGAUAUUUCCGACUAUGGAUGGCAGCGGCAAAGGCGAGGGCAAAUGCAUUGAGGAUGACUGGAGCAACAUAUUUAAGCUAAAUCCGGCUUUCGAUCCAGUCUUGGAAUACAAAUGUUGCCCUGCGCCUCCUCCAUCGAUGGAGAACAAUCAUUUGUUCGAUGGAGUGAUCGGCCCUAGUUCGCCUCAGGCUCUUCAGCUUUGCACGGAAGGGUUAGGGUUUGAGAGCUCGGAUGAGACUGAAAGCCCUAAAAUUCAAGCCUUUAAUGGCGAUGAUAAGGCCGAGGAAAAUUUUGUGGAGGAAACGGAACAGGGGACUCCCAGGCGGCAUAGAGCACCUUGCAAUAAAUUUCCGCCACCGCUGCCAUCAAUAGCGCGGAACGGCCACGCAGGCUUUUUCUUCAAGUCCUGCAAAAAAGACGGGAGAUUUCUUUUGCAGGAAGUGAAGCUUCCUCCGCAUGAAGUUCUCCACGCAUGGCGGGGCGAAGGACGCCUCCAGUUGCAUCUUGCGCAUAAUGAUGAUUUUGACGACGGUUGUACAUCCGAUCGAAAAUAUAUAGGCAUAUCCUUCAAGGACGCCUCCAGUCGCAUCUUGCGCAUUAUGACGACUUUGCAGACGGGUAAUGCACAGGAAAAUGGCGACACAGAGCCAUUUUUAGCGUUUUUUUUGCAUUUUUGCUGUCAUUUAACAAACAUAUUAUCUUUUUUUUCUCUCUGCAUCAUUUCUCUGCUCUUACCUACUGCAAUUGUACAUCCGAUCGAAAAUUAUAGGCAUGUCGUUUAAGUUUAUAUUGUCGUCAACCUUGAGUUCUGCGAUGCCUUCAUUCUGAUAAAUUAUUUCGACUCUACUGUCACACAUUAAUGGCGGCUUCGUUUAUUCAUCAACUUUAAUUUUGCGCGUUAAACAGUUUCACAGUAUUAAGCUGCAUGAAUCCAUCACACUUUUCUGCCGUGUGGCGGGGAAGUGUGCAAAGUGUGCAUGCUUCCAACCAUGCGGAUGCUGUAAAGCUGUUCUAAUUAUAUAGUUUGUUUAUCUUUUUGUUAAACUUUAGAUCUGACAAAUGAAAGGAAAAACCAGAAUUUGUAGAGUUAGAAGUGGUAACUGGAAUUAAUAUGAUCCAGACAAUUCUUUCUGUACAAGGAGAAGAGGAGAGAUUUUAUAUACCAAGCUUCACUCAAUUAUUAAGCUGUUA